ACCGCCGCCGCUGGUUCCUGCCUUCCGCCGCCGACGCCACUGCCACUGCCACUGCUGCCGCAGAAGAAGGCUGAGCCUGAGAGAAGCUAUGGAUCCAGCGGUACGGUCGCCCCCCUUCGGCAACCAUAUCAACUCACCGCCGCGGGACCCUUCGCCCGAGGGGUCCGCCGGCGGCGCUCGGCGGGCGAGAUCCUCCUCCGCAAUCCCCAGACAGCCCGCUCGCAUCUACAUCCGCCGAGGACCUGUCUCUCCACCGGCGUCUGAGGUUGCGCCGGCCGCAUCGCCGGAGCUUCCGGAGGAGAUCCUGAUGAUGGUCCUCGCCACCCUCGAGAUCCCCGACCUCGUGCGCGCUGGCGGCGUCUGCGCCUCGUGGCGCUCUGCGUACACCGCACUGCGCAGCAUCGACAAGCACAAGCAGGCCCAGACGCCAUGUCUGCUCUAUACCUCUGAAUCCGCCGGCGAGCAUGUUGCGUACCUCUACAGCCUCCUGGAGAAGAGGGUCUACAGGCUGACCCUCCCGGAGCCGCCUCUCCGCCACCGGUUCAUCAUCGGGUCCUCGUUGGGCUUCCUGGUCACCGUCGACGACCGGUCCGAGAUGCACCUCGUCAACCCAAUCACCGGCCAGCAGACUGCUCUCCCUUCAGUCACCACCAUCGAGUACGUGAAGCCCAUCUUCGACGAGUCGGGUUCGUUCCACGAGUACGAGUACCCGAGCCACUCUGCAAGACGAGCUUUCUUCACGCCAACGAUCAUGCCUCGUUGCGAGCUGCGGGAACGCUUCCAGUUCAAGGCGUUUGUGUUCCAUGAUAAUACAUCCACAGGAAGCUACAUCGUGGUGCUCAUCCACAGGCCGUACACUCACCUCUCUUUUGCAAGAGUUGGAGAUGAUAAGUGGACAUUGCUGCAACCACACUGUGACUACCAGGACUGCACCUACAAGGAUGGGUUGCUGUAUGCAGCAAGUACGAUGGGAGAAAUUCAUGCCUUCGAUCUUAGUGGUCCUGAUGUCGUUACAAUGAAGAUUAUCAAGGGGAGGGACGAGGGCUUUGAGCCCGAUGCUGUACACAUUGUUCAGGCUCCAUAGGGCGGUCUGCUGCUUGUUUCAAGAUUUAAGGAGUUUGAUGAUCCUGAUGAAGACGCUGACCUUCAAAUACCUGUUCCGAAUACUAGGGAAAUUAAAUUACACAGAGUUGAUGAUGGUGCUGAUAGGCUUGUGGAAGUUGAUUGCUUGCCUGACCAUGCGCUGUUUCUUGGGCUUAACGACUCACUCUGUCUCACUGCCAAAGAUCACCCUGCUCUCAAGGGUAAUCAUGCCUACUUCACUGACGAUCAACAAUACAAUCCAGGACGUAAGAAGAGUCAUCGUGACAUUGGAGUAGUUGAAUUUGGCAAUUAUAAUAGCAAGGAGGACCUUGUGUCUCCUCAGCUUUGGUCCAACUGGCCUUCUCCCGUGUGGAUUACACCCAGUCUUACUGUGAUGAAACUGCCGCCGAAUGACCGUUGGCUCAGUGGGCCGUUGCGUGGACUCCCGAAGAUAGAAGAGGGCACCUUGAGGGAUCUCUUUGCCAACCUUGGGAUCCCAAUCAGCAUCGGUCCAACUGGGAUGCUCCAGUGUUUGAAGAAGUAGGUCGGCUUCAAGAAGGUCUAAUAAGACGCUCACCUAGGCGCGCUGGAGAGCGAGCUCGUUGCCUAGGCCCUAAGCUGUGGAAGACCAUGUGCAGCAGAAUAUGAAAUGGUGGCAUUGAAGGGCUGAUGAUUCAGGAGGCCGCAUGAUGCUUUGAAGUUAUCAUCUGCAUUAAGUUUCAUGAACGUUUCUUUUUUAUUAUGUGUGGGACUCUGAAACUUUAUUAUGGCUUAUGUCUGAUGUGUGUGUGGUUGUGUUUCUUUUAUGACUUGUGAGAAAAGUUGGACAAAUAAGAAUUUGUUAACUGUUAUGUUUGCUUUGUUGCGGUUUGUCA